CGUUGGAGAUUGUUGAAUCAUUUAUGGCAGCCAUGGGUAGAGUGGCGUGGAGCUUUUCUACUCCAUCCUGUCUUUCAUUAACAAGAUAUCGUAUUUCUGGAACUUGGAGUGCGAUAUGUAAAGCGCAAGUUAUCAAACCAAGGUACCAUCCGCAGAACCCAUUUUUGCGCUUCUCUGGUUUUUCAGGGCUAUGUUGGAGUCGCCGCCCCAAAAGUGUUGUGAAGCCUUUAUAUAAUGGAGACUGGUUACGUCGCUAUAUAUCAGCAGUUAUAACAGACAAGUCACAAAAGUCUACUGAAGAAGCUAUUCGGGAAAACAUUCCUAAACGAGUCGUUGGCGAUGUAUAUCAUUCGUUUCAGUUGGUCCAAGAAGAAUACAUACCCGAUAUCGAUUCCAUCAUCAGAAAAUAUGUGCACACCCAUACGGGAGCUCAACUUAUGAGUGUCUUGAACAAGGAGGAAAAUAAAACAUUCGGUGUUGUAUUUCGCACACCGCCAAGCAAUUCUAGAGGAACGCCGCAUAUUCUUGAACACUCGGUUCUCUGUGGUUCUCGAAAAUAUCCUGUCAAGGAGCCUUUUGUAGAACUGAUGAAAUCAUCUUUGAACACUUUUCUCAAUGCGUUUACUUUUCCAGAUAAAACUUGCUAUCCUGUAGCAUCCUGUAAUCUUAAGGACUUUUAUAAUCUUGUGGAUGUUUACCUGGACGCAGUAUUCUAUCCCAAUCUCACUCCAGAUGUAUUAAAACAAGAAGGACACCAUUUUGAACUCUUGGAGGAAAACGCACCGAUAACUAUUCAAGGUGUAGUUUACAAUGAAAUGAAAGGCGUGUUCUCCAACCCUGAUAGUGUGAUUGGAUCGUGGUCGCAGCGCUGUCUCUUUCCAGAAAACACAUAUGGAGUGGAAUCUGGUGGAGAUCCCCAAGAGAUUCCUGACCUUAGUUGGCGAGAGUUUCAAGACUUUUAUCGACGACUUUAUCAUCCAAGUAACACCAGAUUUUGGUUCUACGGAGAUGAUCCUGAAGAUAUGCGACUAGAGAAGCUUGAAGAAUAUCUCAAGGACUUUAAGAAACUCUCAGUUGAUUCGAGAGUACAACUUCAGUCACGUUGGACACAACCCAAACAUUUCACGUUUGGUUAUGAUGCUGGAAACGACAAUUUGGAAAAGAAACAUAUGGCUACCGUGAACUGGAUGUUAGCGGAUGUAAUAACCGAUGAUCCAACAAAGAUAUUAGCUCUAUCGUUGUUGGACCAUUUGCUCACAGGGACAAGUGCGUCUCCUUUGAGAAAAACUCUGACAGAUUCAGGUCUCGGGGAAGAAGUAAUAGGCUCCGGUAUCGAAACUGACUUGAGACAAGUUACUUAUAGCAUUGGUCUUAAAGGAAUGGCAAAGGAAGGUUGUCAGAGUUUGGAAAAUUUGGUACUCGAUACCUUGAAGAGAUUAUCCAAGGAUGGCUUUUCACAAGGCGAAAUCGAAUCGAGCUUGAAUACUAUCGAGUUUAUGUUGAAGGAGCAGAAUACAGGUUCCUUUCCUAAAGGUCUCGCACUUAUGUUGCGUUCAUUGACAACAUGGUUACAUGACUCGGAUCCUCUUAUUCCGUUAAAAUUCGAAAUACCACUACAGCAGUUGAAAGAAAUCCUGCAGAAAGAUAGAAGAUAUUUGAAUCUUUUGAUUGAAGAACAUUUUAUUCGCAAUACACAUCGUGCAUAUGUAUCGCUAGUCCCUGAUCCCGACUUUGCUACCAAAGAAGUUGAAAAGGAAAUGAAGCGUAUUGAAGACUUUCGAAAGACCUUGGAUAAGAGUGAUAUUCAACAACUGAUAGAGGAAACCAAAAGACUCAAAGAGAAACAAAUAGCACCUGAUGACCCAGCACAAUUAGCCAAAAUUCCAGCUUUGAAAAAGUCAGAUAUUGAUCAGAAAGCUCCUAUGAUUCCCCGUCAAGUAACAUCUUUAGAAGACACCACAGUGUUGCUUACUCCAUUGUUUACUAAUGGCAUUGUUUAUUUUGAUAUGGCCAUCAACAUUCGUCAACUUCCUGCACAUCUUUUAAGUUAUGUGCCUCUAUUUGGGGAAUGUUUAUUGGAACUGGGAACGACGAAGGAAGAUUUUGUUUCGUUGCAGCAAAGGAUUGGUCGAGAAACAGGUGGCAUUCGUCAUUCGAUUUAUUGCUCUCAAAUGGAUGUUCCUAAUAGCCAUGUUGGAGGGUAUGGUCCUGCAGUUGCACAAUUUAUCAUUCGAGGCAAAGUCAUGUCCAAUAAGACACAUCUACUAUUUGAUAUUCUCCGAGAUGUUUUGUUUGAUAUUGACCUCAAUAACAAGGAUCGUUUUCGUCAGAUCUUGAUAGAGGAAAAGUCUGGAGUAGAGUCUAGCAUCAGUCCUUCUGGUCAUCGAGUAGCUGCUUCCCGUUUGAAUGCACAAUAUACGAACAGUGGUUGGGCAGAUGAGCAAAUGGGUGGAAUAAGUUAUCUACAGUUUCUUUCUCGCCUUGCCGAUCGAUUGGACUCGGAAUGGGAUUCCAUUCGUUCGGAUUUAGAAGCAUUAAGGAGCUAUUUGGUAUCGAAAGCUCAUAUGACCCUACAAGUUACUACAGAUGAGAGAACUUUUGAAUCCUCAGUGGCGCCAUCCUUACGCAAGUUGUUGCAACCCAUUCCCAAAGAUAUGCACAAACAAUCGUCUACGUCGUGGGAAGAAAUAUUGGAGAAACAAAAACGCAAUGAAGGCAUUAUUGUUCCUUCUACAGUGAAUUAUGUAGGAAAAGGUGCCAAUCUGUUUCAACUUGGAUACCAACCCAACGGUGCUUCAUUAUUGGCAAUGAAAUAUUUAGGCAUAUCCUAUUUAUGGGAACGCAUUCGUGUACAAGGAGGUGCAUAUGGAGCAUUUGGUAGAGUGGAUUUACGUACAGGGCAAUUGAUAUUUUUAUCCUAUCGAGAUCCUCAUGUGAAGAAAACGUUGGAUACUUAUGAUAAUGCAGCUGCUUUCCUAUCUCAGGCGCAGUUAUCGUCUGAAGAAAUAGAGAGGUGUAUUAUAGGAGUGAUCGGUGAUAUGGAUAGUUAUCAACUGCCAGAUGCGAAAGGGUUUACCAACUUGAUAAGAUAUCUAAGUGGUGUGACACAGGAAAGAAUACAGGAAAGAAGAGAACAAGUAUUGACUUGUACCAACCAAGAUUUGGUACAGUUCGGGUCGGUGUUACAAAGUGUUGCUUCGAAUGGAAGUAUAGUUGCAGUGGGUAAUGAACAAGCUUUACAACAAGCCAAUGCACAAGGACUCGACUUGAGACUCUUCCGAGCUACAGAACAGUAAAAAGAGAACACAUUUUUUAUGGACAAAAGGUUUUUUGGGUUCAUUUGGUCAUAAAAUGAUAGAUGAAAAGCUACUAUUCGAUAUUU